GAGAAGAUCACUGCCAGUCGCCCGCCGACCAUCCGCACCGCAGCACCCCUGAAUACCAGUGCCGCUCCACUCCACACUCAACUAUCUUCACGCGUCUGCCUGCUGCGCCCCUGGCCGACCCCAACAGCCCCUCGCCAGGGCCGCGACCGUCUUUUUGCUUUCGUCAGAGCUGUUCGCCAGCGGCAAGAUGAUCAAAGUGGACGAGACUGACCCAGUGGGAGAGUUGGAGCCAAGCUUCCCAUACCACGGGGUCAACUUCAGACGGAAUGUCGACAUGAAAGAGUUCUACGAUCUUCAGACCGAAGUUGGCAGAGGGAAGUUUGGCACGGUUUACAAAUGCAAGGAAAAGGCAACCGGACUGGAACUGGCCGCCAAAUUCGUGCUGACGCCGCGCAAGGAGGACCGCCGCAACGUCGAGCGUGAAGUGGAAAUCAUGAAGUGCCUCCAGCAUCCUAGACUGAUCCAACUCUACGACGCCUUCGACAACGGCAAAACCAUGUGCCUCGUUCUAGAACUGAUAACUGGUGGCGAGCUGUUUGAGCGAGUCAUUGACGACGACUUCGUGUUGACGGAGAAAUCGUGCGCCGUGUUCAUGAGACAGAUAUGCGAGGGCGUCGAAUUCAUCCACAAACAAAACAUUCUGCACCUCGACAUGAAGCCCGAGAACAUCUUAUGUCUGACGCGGGCGGGCAACCGAAUCAAGAUCAUCGACUUCGGUUUGGCGCGCAAGUUCGACCCUGGGAAGAAGCUGCAGGUGCUUUUCGGCACUCCGGAGUUCGUGGCGCCUGAGGUGGUCAACUUCGACCAGAUCGGUUUCGGGACGGACAUGUGGUCCGUCGGGGUCAUCUGCUACGUGCUACUGUCUGGACUGUCGCCAUUCAUGGGCGAGACUGAUAUCGAAACCAUGGCCAACGUGACCAUCGCCAACUACGACUUCGACGACGAGGCGUUCAACGAGAUCACCGCCGAGGCCAAAGACUUCAUCGAGCGUCUCCUGCUCAAGGACCAAAGCGCCCGUCUGACGGCGUCCGAGUGUCUGACGCACCCGUGGCUGCGGAAGCGGGCGGCGCCGCAGGGCGCCGCGCCGACCGCCGUAGUGGCGGCCGCGGCGCCGACCGUGGUGGUCGAGGAGCCGCCGUCGCCGCCGCCGCUCGACGUGUCCAAGGAGAACUUGCGCGGCUUCGUGGAGCGGUGGGGCGAGCACCCCAACAGCCCGUACGUGUUCGACCAGGCGUGCCACAGCAUCUCGCUGUCCAACUGCGUCGCACCGGCCGGACAGUCGGCCCACUCGAUGCGCGUGUGCUCGCCCUCGCCGCACAGCUCGCUGCCCAGCUCGCCGGACUCGGUGCUCGAGUUCGGCGAGGAGUUCACCCACUACAGCUUCCAGGACGCGCCGACCGCCGUGCACAGCCGCCUGAUGGAAAGACUCGCCACGGAGCGGCGGGCGUCGGACAGCUGCUGCCUGUCUUCACGGCGCGUGUCCGGCCAGCACCUGCCGAGCCUCAACCUGGCCGACGAGAUCAAACGGCUGUCGGACCGACUGUGCCGACUGAUCGCGCACGAUCUGGCCAACAACAACACCAGCCUGCCCAAGUUCCGGCUGUCCGAGGUGAGCCGCGACGUGCCCAGGGCCAAGCCGGACAGCCCGCUGCGCUCGCUGAGUUCGUCGUCCAGCCAGUCGGCGCCGUCGUCGCCGACGCGCCUCUCGCCGGAGCCGCAUUCCACCGCCACCGACAACCGCAAGUGCAUGCGCUGGGGACAGAUCGAGAUCGACAUCGACUCGCACACCAUCAGAAACAUGCGCAACAUCUUCGAAUCGAGCAACACCUCAAGCAGAUCCACCACCGUCGUCAGCAGCAGCAGCACCACCACCACCACCACGACCAGCUCAGAGUGCAAGAGUAGCAAAAAAGUGGUUGCCACCAGCCAAAAGCAGUCUGUGCCGCUCAAGUCGCUUUGAUGCCGCACUUCACGAACUUUUUCCAUAGUGGGGCGCGCGCAUGACCGCGUCCGAGGCCAAUGAGCACGCGUUCCUGCGCAGCCCUGGCGCUGAGGGACCGCAGCUGAGCAAGCGCAAGCUGAAGCGCUACGUGAUCAAGAAGCGGUGGGCCAAAGCGGUCAACAUGAUCGUCGCC